UUACACUCAAGAGUCCAAGACAUUAGCCAAACAGCAGCAAAUAGCCCCCUACGGCUGCCACUCCAUCCCUUUCCCGAUAGCUAUAAAGUGAUGCAGACUUCCUGAAUUUUGGACAUUACCGCGGUUCAAUAUCCACCAGCAUAAAACAUAGUCCAAGAUGCCCUCCGGAGCCCCAUUUGGCCGCUGUCGAUUUAAUUCGUCUGUUCAUCCAAUUAUCGAAAUCGCCACGUAUCAACAUGCACCAUCCAUGUCAACCAACAAUCAAGCCGACAUUGCUUUGACAGCUUCUCCUUACAAAAAUAACUUCAAGGACCAACGACCUUACACGGCUGAGAGUGAUAAUCGCACUGUAUGCUUGGAUCCAUCGGAGCAACCUGACACUACGUUCCAAAAGAAAUAUCCUACUAUACCAUGGGGAACCUUUGAGGAAGAGAAUGAUCGGCAUGUGGAGCCGGAACAACACAAUCCCGGUGGCGGUGAUGUGAGUGGAUCAAGAAGUACACUGUCCACUUCGACCAAGCGACUCGAUUUGAUUAUUCUUCCCUUGACUUCGUUGAUAUACCUCUCAGAUUACGUUCAAAGAUCAAACAUUGGAAACGCUGCAGUUUACAGUUUAAAGGCAUACGCACUGGAUAAUAGCCACUGGUGCUAUGCGUUGGUCCUUUCCAGUUUUUCCAUUACCUACUUGUCAUUUUCAAUUGGUGCAAAUAUAGUCGUUCCCAAAUCUCGGUCUCCAAAAAAUCUACUCUCAUGUGCAGUCCUUAUUACUAGUAUUGCGACCAUCAUAAUUGGUUUUGCUUCAAAUUUCGCAACCAUCUUCAUCUGUCGAUCUUUCAUUGGCAUGGGAGGGGCAAUUCUAGGUAAAAGCAUGGAAUCUUACUACUCGUUAAUAUACACCCGCACAGAGAUGGCGAAAAGAAUGUCGUUUUUCAUCGGCUCAACUGUUUUGGCUGGAGCUUUGAAUGGAAUCUUCGCAUAUGGAACUGGUUUCAUUAAAUCAGAAGCAAAGACUUGGAGAUUUCUAUUUUUCAUCGAAGGAGCUCAAGGCAUCGUAUUGGCAUUAGCAUGCCUCUUCUGCCUCCCAUCAUCAAAGGUCAAGAGGAGACCUGAAACAACUUCUCAAGUUCAAAUCCACACCCAGGGUUCUUUGUCCGAAAUUAACUCUUUCACUUUAGAAUAUAACACGUUUGAAUGGAGAAUUGCUUUAAAAGCUCUACUCAAUCCAAAUAUCUGGAUCUCUUCCUUUUCGUACGGAUGUGUGAAUUUGAGUGUCGGGAGUUUGACUGGAUAUCUCCCGCUUAUUAUGGAAUCGUUUGGACAUUCGCCUAGGCAAUCCCAACUGUUGACCGCUUGGCCAUACUUGGUUGCGUUUGUCGUAAUGUUUUUGGUCGCAAACGCAUCUGAUCGCACCGGAGUAAGGAGCAUUUUUGUCAUAAUCAUGUGCACAAUCGGUAGUGUCGGAUGGACGCUUUUGCUACGAUAUGAAACUGCUUGGGUUACAUACUUCGCCACAUUCUUGGUUGUGGCUGGAGCAUAUUGUCCGAUCCCUUUAAUUCUAUCAUGGACUCUGAGCAACUGUACUACUUACAAUCAAAGGGCUGCAUCUUUCAUUCUCAUGCAAACAUUUGGACAAGUCUUCACAGUAUUUUCCAACUUCAUAUUCCACGCACUUAUCAAAGAUAGCCCACAGAGUAGAUUAGGCUAUUUCAUAAACUUGGUUGGUAACGCUUCUGCGGUUUUGGCAGUCAGUUACUUGGCAGCGUCUUAUCGUUAUUACAAUUGGAAAACUGCCCACCAAGCAGCUGUUACUAAUGAUCGCUUCAUGUAUUUCCUAUGACCGGAUGGGCAAGUUGAAGUACCACAUAAAUGCCGUUUUUUUCACAUUCAUUGCAUGUAUCGAGUGCGGUCGCACUCCAUCCUUCAUCCUUUAUGCAGACAACUGUUCGUUGCAAAAUUGAAUUUCCUUCAGCAAUCGUCGCUAGAAGUGCGAAUCCAUUUUUUUGCACGGUCAGAGUGUAUCACAACAAAAAGAAGUCAAAACCUGCUGCUGC